CACAGGUCAGCACCGUUCAAGACCAACUCAUACCCGUCAACUACAAAUGAGUUGUCAACUUCGCCUAAACCAUUCACCAAACAAAAAAAAAAAAAAAAAAAAAAAAAAAAAUCCAAACUGUCCCUGUAUAUAUUUAAACCCUCCCUUAAACCCUUCCUUCCACACAUAAAUCAGAAACACCAAAAACCACAAAUAAAACCAAAACUAAACGACAAAAACAUCCAACGCCUACUUCUUCUUCUCCUCCAUUAAUCCCAGAAAACAAAAUCUCUCUUCCUUCCUUUGCAUACAAUUCUCUGUCUUCCGUACAAAAUUCAAUACGUGCACGUACAUACGUACGGACGUGAUGAUGUCGGUUAUGAGUCGAAGUGGGGCCUCCAAGUGCUCCUCCAUGCUGGCCGUGGCCGGCGCCCGCCUCUUCUCAGCCGCCACCGCUCGUGCUGUCGUUAACGACUCGGCGGCAGCGGUGGCGGGUUUCUCGAGGCCAUCGCGCGCCGUGUUUUGGGUCCAGAGGGGCUACGGCGGCGGAAUUAGGAGCUGGAGCACCGUCGCGAUCGGCGAUGAGGAGCCGGAGAAGCGGGCGGCCGAAAACGGAACCGUUUCGGCAUCCGAAAAUGAGGUGAACGAGAAGGCAGUGGUUGUUAGCUACUGGGGAGUCUCUCCCAGCAAGAUUACCAAGGAAGAUGGAACUGAAUGGAAAUGGAGCUGCUUUAGGCCAUGGGAGACGUACAAAUCUGAUGUGUCGAUUGAUCUGAAGAAGCACCAUGCUCCAACAAACUGGAUGGACAAAAUGGCUUAUUGGAGUGUCAAGUCCCUUAGAUGGCCCACUGACCUUUUCUUUCAGAGGCGAUAUGGAUGCCGAGCAAUGAUGCUAGAGACGGUGGCAGCAGUGCCAGGCAUGGUAGGUGGAGCACUGCUACACUGCAAAUCGUUGAGGCGAUUCGAGCACAGCGGCGGGUGGAUCAAGGCGCUGCUCGAAGAAGCGGAGAACGAGCGGAUGCACCUCAUGACAUUCAUGGAAGUAGCCAAGCCCAAGUGGUAUGAGCGUGCCUUAGUCAUGGCCGUCCAAGGCGUCUUCUUCAAUGCUUACUUCUUGGGAUAUCUGAUUUCGCCUAAAUUCGCUCACCGAAUGGUGGGAUACCUUGAGGAGGAAGCAAUCCACUCCUACACUGAGUUCCUCAAGGAACUUGACAAAGGCAACAUAGAGAACGUUCCUGCUCCGGCCAUCGCCAUCGAUUACUGGCAGCUUCCAGCUGAUGCAACAUUACGAGAUGUCGUAAUGGUUGUCCGAGCAGACGAGGCUCACCACCGUGAUGUUAACCACUUUGCAUCGGAUAUACAUUAUCAGGGACGCGAGCUGAAGGAUGCUCCUGCUCCAUUGGGAUAUCACUAAAUUAAUGCAUGAGAUUAAUUAUUACUUCAACAAUGGGAGUCUGACAUUUGAAGGAUAAAAGAAUAUUAUUUAGCAUGAAAGAUCGGUGCUGCUGGAGACUGUAUAUAAUAAAGUGAAGGUGGUUAUUUCUAGUUGUUUUUCAGGGCUUGAAAUCCUGGAGGACCUUUUUUUUUUUAAAUCCUGGUUUGAAUUAGUCUUUGUGGUGAUAAUUCUAUGCUGUAUCUGGUAUUAAAAUUGAUGAAAUCAAAGCCUAAUGGUUUGGUUUUUUUUUUUU